AUGAAGGCGUCCAAUAUGAGAAAACAGCCUCUUUCGAGUCUGAUGAUGAAUGGUGAUCCGCAAUGGUGGCAAGGCAAAGCACUUCACAUCGACCCUGGGACUGGUGAAUACGUAGAACCUUAUAUCAUAAGAAACUAUGUCCUCGAUGUGGUAGAGGUGGAGCGAGAGACUGCAGUUGAAAGAUUCAUCGGUGAACAGAACGAAAUGCUGAACCUCGAGCCCGUUGCGCAUGAGACUACGAUCCGACCUGAUGAUGAUUUUGAUGCGACCAUUGACGGGUUCUAUUCAAGAGACAUAUCCAUGACGUCGGUUCCAGACUAUCACAACUUGGCAGGACUAGUUAUCGACAUGUCUAUCCCAAUCAAUGACGAUGAAAGGGUUCGAUGCAACGUAAUCUACGACAAACACUACGUUCUAUCGAGGAUCAUUCUGUUCGAGGAGCGUAGGAUGAAAUUGCCUCAGAAAGGCCCAAUUGGAUUUGGCACGCAAGCGCAGAAGAAGUCAGGGGAAACCAUUUCAGCGGUGAAAACCCAGAAAGCAAAAACUGAGCAGACUCGGCCGCCGUUGCAAUUUCUCGACAUAGUCGGCUCUUUUGCGGGCGAUGCUUCCAGCAGAAGGAGUUGGAGACUUGGAGGUGGAUUUCUAAACUUCAGAUCUAGAGGAAGCAUUCUAUGGGAUGGUGAUUCCAGGGUUCGAAGAGAAACUGAAAUGGUGGAUCAACAUAUGAAAGCAUCAAGGACAGUAGUCUGGGGAGAAAUGAAAGAUGAAUACUCAAAGGUGUUGGAGUUUGAUGGCGGUGAUAGAAUGGUACUCCUUCCAAGCGGUUGUUGGGUGACAGUUCCUGUCAUGCUGACCGACAAAGAAGGAAAUACCAUUGAACCCAUGACGGUUUUGGACACAUUGAGUGCAGAAACACAGCAGAGUGCGUAUUCAAAGGUCAAAUUACAAUCAAACAACUCCUUUGGUAACAACCUGACUGCGGAAUUUGGUUGCAAUCAAGCUGGGUCCUUCGGGCGCCGGAGAACCUGGCGCCUCUAUGGCGAAGAUGGAAGAGUGAACAGUUGUGCCAUUGCUACAGAAAGCCUGGAGAAGAAGUAA